UUAGUCUUAUGAUAGCCAUCAGCGUGCAUUUCGAAGUCAGCAGUUUAAUGUAAAACAGUAAACUGAUAAAACACACAGAGGGUAUAACGUGACGGUCCAUCAGAUCGUCCGCUUCAAACAUCACCAUGUCCGGCCCUUAUCUAUCCCCGUUGCCUGGAGAUCUGCUCACAGAGUAUAUGUUCGGUAGACGUAGGCAGAGAAGGAAUAGGACCACUUUCAGUCCUCAGCAACUACAGGAGCUCGAAGCGCUCUUCCAGAAAACGCAUUAUCCAGACGUCUUCUUACGCGAAGAAGUCGCGCUCAGGAUUAGUCUCUCCGAGGCCAGAGUGCAGGUCUGGUUCCAAAACCGAAGAGCUAAGUGGAGGAAACAAGCAAGACUUCAACUUCUUCAAGACGCUUGGCGCAUGAGGUGUCUUGGUUUAACUACUCCUCCGCUCAUUUUAACAGGUAGACCGGGUCCAGGUUUACCGUCGCAGCAAUUGUCCAACGAGAAACUCCCAGAAGGAUACGCCAUGAUGCACUCAUCUGGUUUACCUCCGCCAUGUCCUUGCUCCCCAGGAGACAGCAGAAGUCCAAGCGUACGAAGCUCUCCGAGUCCAAGACCUCCGCUAUCUCCCGGUGGACCAGAUGACCUCUCCAUUGCCAAAAACAUACAUCCGGAAACAGCGACAACGCCGCAACCGUACACCAUCAACAAUAACAACAACAAGCCGGACGCGUUGAAUGUAAAUAAUUAAUUCGUCGAAAUGUAAAU